CUGGCAGCAUCCCUGGGUAGGGCCGCAGGAACCGUGAACCGUGAACCGGUAUUCUUGGACCUGAUUGAUACUAGGUAACUUCCAAGCCAGUUAUGAACAACAGCGCAGUGAUUGACACCGAUCACAGGAUCGUUGAUCAUACUUGAUUUCAAGGGGACUGUCACCGGCAGCGGAUAACCAUAUCCGGUUCCCGGGGGAUAUAUAAACGUAUCUAGUACAGGAGGAAGAUGAAGUGGAGUAUCUUAUAUACGCAAGUUCCUCUAUUAUCAUAGUUUUGCGUAUAAAUCGCCCGUCUUCUUCUUAUAGCCUUGUGUCCAGAAGCUUUGUCUUAUACGGGAUGGCCUCCGUAUUGAAGAACUUCCUGGGUUUCGAAGCAGCCACAAAUGACAGCAACGUAUCCCCAGUGUCUCCGGCGAAGAGUCCAGUAAGAGCUCUCCCGGCAAGAUGGUACACAUCACCAGAGCUCUAUGAGCUCGAACGACGGGCAAUUUUCUCUAAAAAAUGGUUACUCACCACGCACAUACUACGAUUGCCCAAUACUGGUAGUUGGUCUCGAUACAAUAACGCGGGAUACCCUUUCAUUCUCGUCCGAGGCCAAGGCCAAGACAUACAUGCAUUCCAUGAUAUCUGGUCGGAUGCGUUUAGCGACGAAAUCGCGCAGACGCUAGUCUCCGCGGGCACCAAAAUCAGAUCUUUCCACGUCCACCAGGAUGCGAAUGGCUUUAUCUGGAUAAACAUGGAUGCUGGCAAGCAGCCUGAGAUUUCGUGGGAGAAAGAUUUCAAAGGCAUCGACCAGCAGCCUCGAUUCAAGGAUUUCAACUUUGAAGACUAUGCUUUUGACCAUGUCUGGGAGAUGGAUGGCCCGUAUAACUGGAAGAUUCUUGCGGAUAAUUAUAAUGAGUGCUAUCACUGUCAGACAGCGCAUCCGGAUGUGCCAUCAUUGGCCGAUCUCGAAGCCUAUGCGGUGGACACAGUGGACGGAUCUAUCAUUCACUUUGCCAACGCCAAGCCAGAUCAAGUCGAACGGGGCCUCAAAAUUGCCAGUACCUACUAUUUCCCCAAUGCGUCAAUGACAGUAGCGCCGCAUUUCUUCUUCAUGCAACGAUUUGUUCCUACCUCACCCACCAGCUGCGAGAUGCGCUACGAAGUGUACCGGAAUAAAAGCUCCAGCGAGGAGGAUUUCCAAUUGAUCAAUGGGAUGUUCAAGCGAAUCAUGGCGGAAGAUAAAUAUCUCUGUACCGAGGCACAGAAGAACAUCGGCGGGGGUGUCUUUGUCAGUGGUCUGCUGCACCCCAGAAUGGAGAAAGGACCAUUGUACUUCCAAGGCGUUGUGCGUGACCUUUUGUAUGAGCAUUUUGAUCGUGAGAAGGAUGGAGGAAAGCAGAUUUGGCCAGCUCAACUCGAUAACGUCUUACUCUUGAGCUAA